AGGGCAGUGGGCUCGUUUCUCGAAAAUAUUAACAAUGGGCACCGAAGACAUUUUCCAUCAUUUAUACCUAUCAUACUCUCUGAAUUCAUGCAUGCCAGUAUCCUUGCUGACAUAAGUUGGAAGCCUCCGGUCAGGUGAUCCCACUCGUUGGUUCUGCACUGUUGGUCUUCGUGGUCUCCCCCAUUCUCCUCGCGCCGCACCUCCUCCUCUCUCCACGUGAGCAGUCCCUCUCGACCCGGUCGCUCAACAUCCCUCAAGAACAUCCCUUUUUCCAUGUAAAAUCGCCUGGUUUUGUUUCAUGGUCGAACGGAUCUGAUCUGCGGCAAUCUCCACGCUCCAGUUUCUUUUCCCCUUCAUUUUGGGGUUCCAUUUCGGUUUUCGAGUGUCGACAUCGCGAACAACGUGACUUCCGGUCUGUUAUUGUCCGUGGCAGGUGACUUCCUGUCAGGUGAUAGAUAGGAUCAUCCCAAGGUCUCCGUACUCUAGGCUAUGUCCGAUCCCACUAUGAACAGCCCAGACGGUGCAGGCGGCAAACGUAAGCGCGAGGGCUCUGAUGACCUUGGCCACGACGCACAGCGUCUGAAUCGCUCGUCACACGGCAGCAACGGCAGCAUGCCGGACAACCAGCAUAAUUUCGGCCAUUCAAUUGGCUAUGACCAUGGCCUCGGUAACGCAGGGUCCGAGUUAAACAUUGACCAACAAAUUCUCCAGCACGUUGGCCAGAAUGGACUGUCUGAUGACAAUGCUCUCACAGCCAAUGCUAAAGCUGCACUGGCUGCACAUGCCCCUCAGCACAAGUAUCCCCCUCCCCCGGAUGCUGCCGCCUUCGAUGCGAACAACCUUACACAGGGGUUGAACUUUGGUGAUGAUAUGGGCCAGGGACCUAUUCCCGGUCCCCAUAACCACAACUCUACUGCUGCUGCGGUGUAUGCUGCUCGUGAAGCGCAAAGUAUGAACCAGAAGCCCACUGUCGGUUCUCCUGAGUGGCACCAGAUCCGCAAAAACAACCACAAAGAGGUUGAGCGACGUCGACGUGAGGCUAUCAACGAGGGAAUCAACCAGAUCGCCCGCCUCGUACCGAACUGCGAUAAGAACAAGGGCGCCAUUCUUCAACGCGCCAUUGAAUACAUUUGUCAGCUUCAAGAAGAGAAGAAGAACAUCGACGAGCGGUUCGAGCAACACAGUCUCACCGCCAAUCAUGCCAUCAACGAGAUCAGCGCUUCCAACCAAAAGUUGAAGCAAGAAAUCAGCCGGCGCAAUGCCAUCGCCUCCAAGUGGCUCCAGCGCUGCCGCGAUGCCGGCCUAGAGUUCGAUGACUACGAGGAGGCUAAAGAACUCGAGACCCUUGAUGGGAUGGAGUAAGGGAUCAACUCGGCCAGCUGGUUUUAGGCUUCUCGUUCGCAUGUGAUGUGCCACGAUUGUCUCGUCCUAUUUCUGUUUUUUUCGGUGGUUAAGAUUUUGAACAUACCCUCAUUUCCCGUUCCUCGAUCUGAUUUUUCUGGGAUCAGAUUUCCAAAUUUUUUCCAACUUCUUGAUUUUUCUUUCAGAGAGCGGACAUUGCCGUGGUGGCUUCCGCGCUGUUACAUCCCCUAUUUUGACUUGAUAAAGCUCAUUCGACUACCGUCUAUCGUUGCUGGUACGCCUCUGCGGUUUUCUCGCAAGAGGGUCGUCUGCGUUGUUGCUUUGACUUGGAGUGGCGCACUUCCUCUUUUUUUGAUUGACUCUUGCCUUCCUGCCCCCCUCUUCUCUGGCCUGGAUUGGUUUUGGGUUUUUAUGGAUGCCACAAUGCUGCCAGUAUAAUGCAAGAUUCUCUUUAUAUUUAUUUUCCUACUCGACCUAUGUAUAGUUGUCAAAGUGCGAACGCGUUUGCCUGUCAGUAGAUCAUGAAGGGAAGUCCACUCCGUUUGGCCUACCUGGGCGAUGUUCCUGUCAGAGUUGUUUUGUUGUCAAAAUGCCAUACAGAGUGGGAACCAAUCAGAUCAAAUGUGAAUUGUCC